AUGUCUACUGAAACUUACGACGGUGCUAUCGGCAUCGAUCUUGGCACAACCUACUCUUGCGUUGCCAACUAUGAGGGCGCCAACGUUGAGAUCAUCGCCAACGAGCAGGGUAGCUUUACUACUCCCUCCUUCGUCUCCUUCACCGAUGAGGAGCGUUUGAUCGGUGAGGCCGCUAAGAACCAGGCCGCCAUGAACCCUGAGAACACCAUCUUCGAUAUCAAGCGUCUUAUCGGACGACGAUUCGAGGAUCCCGUUGUCAAGAAGGAUGUCGAGUCCUGGCCAUUCAAGGUCAUUGAACAGGGCGGCAACCCAGUCGUCCAGGUCCAGUACCUUAACGAGACCAAGGUCUUCUCUCCCCAGGAGAUCUCCUCCAUGGUUCUCAUGAAGAUGAAAGAGGUUGCCGAGACUAAGCUCGGAAAGAGCGUCUCCAAGGCUGUCAUCACUGUCCCAGCCUACUUCAACGACAACCAGAGACAGGCCACCAAGGAUGCUGGUGCCAUUGCCGGUCUCAACGUUCUCCGUAUCAUCAACGAGCCCACUGCUGCCGCCAUUGCCUACGGUCUCGGCUCUGGAAAGUCCGAGAAGGAGCGCAAUGUCCUCAUCUACGAUCUCGGUGGUGGUACUUUCGAUGUCUCCCUCCUCAACAUCCAGGGCGGUGUCUUCACCGUCAAGGCCACUGCCGGUGAUACCCAUCUUGGUGGUCAGGAUUUCGACACCAACCUCCUCGACCACUUCAAGAAGGAGUUUACCCGCAAGACCAAGAAGGAUCUCUCCGGUGACUCCAGAGCCCUCCGAAGACUCCGCACUGCUUGCGAGCGUGCUAAGCGUACUCUUUCCAGCGCUACUCAGACUACCGUCGAGAUUGACUCUCUCUUCGACGGUGAGGACUUCAAUGCCCAGAUCACUCGUGCUCGUUUCGAGGACUUGAACGCCAAGAUCUUCGCUGCCACCCUCGAGCCCGUCCAGCAGGUCCUUAAGGAUGCUGGCAUUGACAAGAGCAAGGUCGACGAGAUCGUCCUUGUUGGUGGUUCCACCCGUAUUCCCCGCGUCCAGAAGCUCUUGAGCGAUGCUUUCGAUGGCAAGAAGCUCGAGAAGGGUAUCAACCCCGAUGAGGCUGUUGCCUACGGUGCCGCCGUCCAGGCCGGUAUCCUCUCCGGAAAGGCCACUUCUGCUGACACCAGUGACCUCCUCCUUUUGGACGUCGUCCCACUCUCACUCGGUGUUGCCAUGGAGGGUAACAUCUUCGCUCCCGUCGUCCCCCGUGGUCAGACUGUCCCAACCAUCAAGAAGCGUACCUUCACUACUGUUGUCGACAACCAGCAGACCGUCCAGUUCCCCGUCUACCAGGGUGAGCGUACCAACUGCGAGGACAACACCUCCCUUGGAGAGUUCACUCUCUCCCCCAUCCCACCAAUGAAGGCUGGUGAUGCCGCCCUUGAAGUCGUCUUCGAGGUCGACGUCAACGGUAUCUUGAAGGUCACUGCCACCGAGAAGUCUUCCGGCCGCAGCUCCAACAUUACCAUCUCCAACGCUGUUGGCAAGCUCUCCAGCGCCGAGAUCGAGGCUAUGAUCAGCGAUGCCGCCAAGUUCAAGUCCAGUGACGAGGCCUUUAGCCAGCGCUUCGAGGCCCGCCAGCAGCUCGAGUCCUACAUCUCCCGUGUUGAGGAGAUCAUCACCGACCCAGGCAUGUCCCUCAAGAUCAAGCGUGGCAACAAGGACAAGAUCGAGUCUGCUCUCAGCGACGCCAUGGCUCAGCUCGAGGUCGAGGACUCCUCCCCCGAGGACCUCAAGAAGAAGGAGCUUGCUUUGAAGAGACUCAUCACAAAGGCCAUGUCCACCCGAUAA